AUGAAUUUUUACACUUUAUUUGUUGUUCCUUUCUUUUUUUUCUAUCGCCCUUCCUUUCUUGCGAUAUUCUUCCAAAUUCCUUCCGUCCUUUUAUUCUUACUUUCAUUCUUUCUUGUGAGUUUAUUCCUUAUUUCCUUUCUUUUUUCAUUCCUGUGUCUCUCUUCCUUUCAUGUGGCUUUCUUUCGUCUUUCUUUCUUUCUUUCUUUCUUUCUUUCUUUCUUUCUUUCUUUCUUUCUUUCGUUCUGUCUUUCUUGUCCUUAUUCUAUAUUUCUUUCUUUCCCGUGUCUUUCUUUCUUUCUUUCCCGUGUCUUUCUUUCUUUCUUUCUUUCUUUCUUUCUUUCUUUCUUUCUUUCUUUCCCGUGUCUUUCUUUCUUUCUUUCUUUCUUUCUUUCUUUCUUUCUUUCUUUCUUUCUUUCUUUCUUUCUUUCUUUAAUCUUUCGUUCUUAUUUCAUUCUGUCUUUCACGUUUUUUUUACUUUCUUCCUUAAUUUUUCUUUCUUUCUUUCUUUCUUUCUUUUUUUCUUUCUUUCUUUCUUUCUUUCUUUCUUUCUUUCUUUCUUUAAUCUUUCGUUCUGUCUUUCUUGUCCUUAUUGUGUAUUUCUUUCUUUCCCGUGUCUUUCUUUCUUUCUUUCCCGUGUCUUUCUUUCUUUCUUUCCCGUGUCUUUCUUUCUUUCUUUCUUUCUUUCUUUCUUUCUUUCCCGUGUCUUUUUUUUCUUUCUUUCUUUCUUUCUUUAAUCUUUCGUUCUGUCUUUCUUGUCCUUAUUGUGUAUUUCUUUCUUUCCCGUGUCUUUCUUUCUUUCUUUCCCGUGUCUUUUUUCUUUCUUUCUUUCUUUUUCUUUCUUUCUUUCUUUUCUUUAAUCUUUUCGUUCUGUCUUUUCUUGUCCUUAUUGUGUACUUCUUUCUUUCCCGUGUCUUUCUUUCUUUCUUUUCCCGUGUCUUUUCUUUCCCGUGUCUUUCUUUUCUUUCUUUCUUUUCUUUCUUUCUUUCUUUCUUUCUUUCUUUCUGUUUCUCGUCUUUGUGUAGAUUUUCUGUCAUAUGCUCGUUCCUUUUCGGAAUUCUGUUUUCGAUUUUAUUAUUUCACGUCGUGCGAUCUUUUCGUUGA